AUGGUUUACGCCAAGCCCAAUUCUUCGACUGGGGCUAUGAAACGGUCCGCUUCUGCCCUUCAUGAGGGCCCCCCGGGUUGGGAUGUGGCUCCACCUAUGAUGACUCCAUCUCGAUCAUCUGCCCGCCUGCCUUAUGCACACUACGCUAUGAUUUACCUCGACAAUGAGGGCAAGAUCAAGGUUGACGAGUCUGCCUCUAUUCAAGAAAAGAACUCCACCCUUUUCACUUCUGAAGUCCGCCAGAACUUCCUCGAGAUCCUUGGUGAGAGCGUGAGCCUUCAGCCUGGUGCCCGCCGUACUAUGGAGGCAUCCCCUCGCCGAGUUCGUCGCCGUCGUGGAAAUGCGCCUGGCGCUUCCACCAUUGAUUCCCGUUAUGAUGAUGUCUCUGAUAGCGAUGACUUCUCUCCUAAUGCAUCCUCUGACAUGGUUCCCAUUCGCGUGGGAGAUGUUCAAAAGGUCAUGAGCUAUUACGAGGGUGCUCUGAAGCAUUUCCAACAGCUCAACUGCCGUAUGGUCGCAAAGGCGUUUAUCAAGUUCAUUGAACCGCGCAAGCAAGUAAGACACCCUUACAAUGGAGGAAAGCCUCCACCAGGAUCCGCUCCCGGUGCCACCGGGGACCCAGAAAAAACUAAGCCUGAGUGGUGGCCCCCGGGUGUUAUGCACAAGGAGCCCGACCACCUUAGAAAGGAGUACCGCAUUGAGUUACUGCUGCACAUUAUUCGCAAACUUGGUGGUUAUGGUAUCACCGCCGAUAAGCUUAAGGAAGUCGCUGGCGACACUAAGCGCAGUCUGAAGCACCCCUCCCACGUUGAGAUCAUCUACGAGAUCCUCCGAGUGAGAAAGAUGGAAGAGCGAUUCGAGCGCGGUGAAGUUGAUGGCAACAUGGUUGUCUUUAUUCAAAACCGGGGACCUAGUCCCAAGGGUGAUGGCGACGAGGACGAUGAUUCCAACGAGCCUGCCCCACUUGAAGCACCAGAACUCAUCGAAGAUGGUCUCAUGACACCCACAUCAUCCGUCGAGCAUCUCGCCCCAUUGACCACUCCAAUCGAUACUCUCCCCAUCGGAGGCCGCAGUCUACCCGGUAGCUUCUCCAUGCCCGAGCUUACCUUCGACGGCCCCCGACAAGAUAGACCCUACUACACCACCCCACCCCACUACACAGACUCCUUCUCACAACCCAUGCUCAGCACCCCCGUCACAGCAGAGAUGAUCAGCCCCCACGACGUCUCAGUCUUCGACUACUCUCAACCCCCCUUCCCCAACUCCAGUCCAGAGCAUCAGCGCCACCAAGCGCCUGGGCACUACGACCCUUGGGGUGCACCAACAUUCCGCCAGAACGUCUUCGGCUCUGUCGACUACGGCGUGCCAACAAGUAGUCAAGCUGUGACUCCCGUUUCCAUGCCUUACCACAUGCCCAUGGCAUCCCCGGCACAUUUGCAUGACAUGUCCCACCAGCAUUCCCAUGCACAGUCCCCAAUGGACCCCAUGUCACAACGGGCUUUGCCCUUCCGCACUGGCUCCCUUGGACACCCUAACCCCCACGGGUUGCCAUUAUCUCACCCUGCCUAA